UUUAAUGGUAACAUUUUUUUCUGAAAUAGCAACAUCGAUGUACUGAUUGUGCAGAAGAAAAAACAAUGGUGUGAUUCCAGAUUUUUAUUUAUAACAUCAAACAAAAGUCCGAUCCCGCAACAACUUUCCAAAAUCUUCCACAAGACUGUAACAAUUUAGAUUUUAAAUGAAUUUUUGUUUAACGAAUGUAUGGAGUCGCUAGGGGAUGACAACUGUGAGAGAGAAUCAAAAGACGGAACUAGAUAUUUAUUUAUUCAAUAAUUAAUAUAUAGUUUGUAAAUUUUGUUUCAUCGGCCCAACAUAUAUCCUGAAUAUAAAGGAUUAAGGGUUCAGAAAUGUAUAUUACAAGUUAUUUUACUUCUUGAUUGUAAUGAAGUUUGAGUUUUAUUUAUUCUUAUUUAAUCAUUAGCCGAGUUAGGUUUUUAGUACAGUUUGACAUAACAAUGGAUAACAAACUUUACAUAAGGGACUGACGGGUUUUUAUAGUCAUUUGAUGGGAAAAGUAUGGACAAUAUGGCGUCGAACGUGUCAGUACGUAGCACUAAACAGAGGAAAGACAAUUUAAUCACAAGGAAGCAGGAUAAAAGCCCGGAGAAAACGAUCAGGGGCACAAGAGGAGCGUACCGGGGCAUCCCCUCGACAUCCAAGAGGGAUGAGGAGACGGACACAGGGUCUUCGGAGAGGCUGGAUAGGUCGAAAAAAUUCAUCUCGCAGAAUAAAAGCAGCUAUGGGCUGGGCAAGCGGCCAGACUUCUCAUUGAAGAAUCGGAAUGUCCACCUAGCCUCCUCGCGAUAUGGACAGAUGACAUCGGGGCUGCACGGGCACGGCCACCAGAUCUCGCAGCCGGCGCACCAUCUUGACUCCACCGUGCUGCCCACCAAGGAGAAGACCGUGCAUGGCAAGGAGAAGACAUUCAAGGUGGUAAUGGGCGGUGAGGUGGGCGUGUUGAAGCCGCCUGUGCUGGGCCCGCGGCCGUACAACGCGCUCGCUAUAAUCCACACGCAACAGAGCAACACCUUCGAUAUGCUGAACACACUCACCACCAGUGUUGCGAGCCAGCCCGUGGUGGGCGUGGGCGUGGGCGGGUUCCGGCGGCGCAGCUCGGGGCAGGGCGCGCUGGCCAGCUGCGACCCCGAGCUCGACGACAGCGGGAACAAGCUCGUCGCACGCCUCGAGGAUGAUGCUUUCAUCUCCGAACAGGAUCUGGAAGAGAAUAUUCAAAUAGCCACAGCGACGGAAAAAGGUCUGCCUCACGCCGACGACACGGGGGGUGAACAGCCACAAGAACAACAGAAUGGUUUGGUUUACGGUCCUAUCUAUGAUAAAUUGGACCUGGAGAAGGAUAAGCAGAAGCAGGAUAAAGAAGAUGAAGAGGAACCGAUUGGUGUAUCGCCGUGUGGAAGGUUUUUUAAGUACGAUAAAGAGGUGGGCCGAGGUUCUUUCAAGACUGUGUACCAUGGACUGGAUACGCAGACAGGGGUCGCUGUGGCUUGGUGCGAGUUGUUGGAGAAAAAGUUGAACAAAACGGAGCGUCUUCGUUUCCGUGAGGAAGCUGAUAUGUUGAAGAAACUUCAGCAUCCCAACAUCGUGCGUUUCUACAACUACUGGGAGGGCACCGUCGCUAAGAAGAAGAACAUCGUCCUCAUCACGGAGCUGAUGCUGUCCGGCACUCUUAAAGCUUAUCUUCGAAGAUUUAAGAAAAUCAAUCCUAAAGUUCUGAAGUCUUGGUGUCGACAAAUACUCAAGGGCUUGAAUUUCCUCCACUCUAGAACUCCGCCUAUUAUUCAUAGAGAUCUGAAAUGUGAUAAUAUCUUCAUAACUGGUACGACGGGCAGCGUCAAGAUCGGCGACCUCGGGCUUGCUACGUUGAAGAACAGGAGCUUUGCCAAGUCCGUUAUUGGCACGCCGGAGUUCAUGGCGCCGGAGAUGUACGAGGAGCACUACGACGAGUCGGUGGACGUGUACGCGUUCGGCAUGUGCAUGCUGGAGAUGGCCACCGGCGAGUACCCCUACAGCGAGUGCAGCGGCCCCGCGCAGAUAUACAAGAAGGUCGUCUCGGGUGUGAAGCCGCAGAGUUUGGACAAGGUGAACAUACCGGAGGUGAAGGACAUCAUAGAGUCGUGUAUUAAGCCAAAUAAAACUGAUAGGCCAAAAGUAAAAGAUCUGCUGAACCACGAGUUCUUCGGCGAGGACAUCGGCCUGCGGCUGGAGAUAGUGGGCCGAGACCUCGUCACCUCCUCCGACAUCACCAAGAUACAGUUCCGACUCAAGAUCAUAGACCCCAAGAAACGGUCGUACACACACAAGGAGAACGAGGCAAUCCAGUUCGAGUUCGACAUGGAGCAGGACGAUUGCGAGGAGGUGGCCAACGAGAUGGCUAAAGCGGGUCUAAUCAUGGAGGAGGACGCGCGGAUUGUGUACAAGCUGCUCAAGUCGCAGCUCAUCUCGCUCAACCGAGAGAGGAGCGAGAAGAAAGCGCAGAUGUUGUUCAACCAGGAGUUGAUCAACGAGCAGAACAGACAGCAGUUACUUCUAGAACAGGUUAAAAUGUUCCAUAACCAACAGCAAGCGAGUCCCGUGGACCAAGUGAAAGCUGGCCUUUUGAACGGUGUGGGAUCGCAGCCAACUUUAGCAGCCGUACAGCUAGAUCAACAAUCGCAGUUCCUUCAGACUCAACAACAACUUUUACAGCAACAAUAUCAACAGAUAAGCAACGAAGAGACGGCGAUGAAGAUCCUUCAACACAACCUGAUCCAGGCUCGCAUCUCGCCCUCGCUCACCUCGCUAGAACAGAACAUCAAGCAGCAGCAAGCACUUAUGGAACAUAACAUCCUCAACCAGCAGAUGUUAGACCAGAAUGUGCCCUCGCAGUUCAUGGAGCAGCAGGCCCAGCUCGAGCCAGUGUCCUCGCAACAGCAACUCCACCAGAACAACAUCCUCAACACGCAGUUCGGUCUCAAUGAAAUCACCAACCAGAACCAGGCGCUGCAGCAGCACAUUAUACAGCAGCAACAGAAUAUCAUGCGGCACCAGGCGGCAGUCAUACACCAGAAGCAAAUGGAGGAGCAAAUGACGGCGCAGGAGACAGCUAUCGCCGGUCCUCAGCCGAAUCUCGUUACCGGUCAGGUUCUCGACCCUUCUCUGCAGAAUCUGCAAAAUAUACUCGCGCAGAUCAUACAGAGACCUGACACAUUGCAAUCGAGAAAGGAGUCUGAAUCUGAACAGCAACAGAUGAUGCAGCAACAGCAAGCGCAGCAGACACCUGCCCUCAGCCAGCAGCCCACCACAGAGAGCGUCGACGUGCCUGCGCCGCCAGGACAGCAGGAGCAGGAAGCCUUGCAGCAGACCAUGAACAACUUGCUGGGAUCUCAAAUGCAACAAGCUAGUCAAAACCUCGCAUACCAACAGAAUCAGCAGCAUUACAUUCAACCUAAUAUAUUAUCGGCUGCCGUCGACCCAGCCAUCUUAGCUCAGCAGCAACAAGUUGCGCACGCGCAGCAACAAAUGGUACAAGCUCAGCAACAGUUAAACAUGCAGAAACAGAUGCUGGCCCAGCAACAAUUAGUCUUCCAACAGCAUAUGCUUAGUCAGCAACAGUUGCACCUCCCCGGGCAGACGCUCUCUCCGCAACACUUCAGAAACACGUUGUUCCAGCAGCAGCAAUAUCUUGCACAGCAGGAGCGCCAGUUGCAAACACAACAAAACAUCAUCGAUCAGCAGAAUUUGGCGCUGUUGGCGCAAAAGCAACAGCUGAUGGGACAACAGCAGCAAAAGGUAGAAGAGAUGUUGCGAGCGCAACGGCCGGUGUAUCAACGACAGGGGUCCGAGCAAAGUCAAAUAAGCACAGCCGAAGUGCACGACCAGCAACAACCACUAAUGCAGGACCAGUAUCAGCAGAAGCCACCGUUGCAGCCGCAAAUGUCCGUCGAUCAAAUGCAGCAAUAUCAAAAUCAGUACAUCGAUAUGCAAAUGCAGAAAAAGGAGGACCAUUACCAUCAUCAAAUGCAUCCACUUCAAGGGCAAUCCCUCCCUCAUAACAUACUGGCUCAAAACUUCAGUGCAGUUCAGCAGAGUGAAAGACAGAUAUCUAGUCAUGAAGGCACUCCGGUGCAGAAUUAUUCUGUCAACCCUCUGCAGAUGUACCAACAGCAGAGUCAGUCGGUUCAGACGAUGCAAAACGUUUCCUAUCAAACGGAAUCAACUAUACCGUCCUCGGUGGCAGCGUCUGUGCAGCAAAAUGUUUCUCAUGUACAAGAUUCCACUCAGAUGCAUAUGCAAUCAAUGCAACAAGCCCCUCUUCAACAACCAGUUCAACAAUCAGUGCAACAAACAGUUCAACAAUCAGUGCAACAGCCAGUCCAACAAUCUGUUCAAACUACCAUCCAAACAUCUAUGCAACCUUCUAUUCAACAAUCAGUGCAACCAUCUGUUCAACAGAAUAUUCAGCCAUCUGUCCAGCAGUCUGUUCAGCAAACUGUCCAACAAACAGUUCAAUCAUCUGUCCAGCAGCCUGUACAACAACCUGUGCAACCAACGGUCCAGCAGACUAGUCAACCUACUGCACAGACUUCAGUUCAGAGCUCCGCUCAAGUUCAAGACUCAAUACCACAUCAAUUGAGCAUUUUCGAGCCAUCUGACAACGGACAUGUUACCAAUGGUGGACAGAAGGAGCAGUUUCUGACUCCAAUGACGGAAUUCCCAUCUGGGUCCACUCACCCAGAUGGCAUCAAGCCUCCAGAGUUGAGUUCCGUGGACGAAAAGUUAGGAGAGGCGCAACAGGAAGCUCCCAUCAGCACUGCAGUACCAUCCCCUAUCACCAGCGAGAGGAAAUCGCGAGGCUCGAAGAAGCGAUCUCGAGAGAAAGACAAACUGCCGAAGCUUACGGUGCUGGAGGUGAACGAGGCGGCCACCGUGGUCGAGUGUCAGCUCGAGUCCAAGUCAAAGACCGUCACAUUUAAAUUCGACGUUACCGACGUCAACCCGGAGGAGAUAGCCAGUAAUCUCGUAUCAAACAACUUGCUGCCGGAGUGGCAGAGCGUGACGUUUACGGAGCUGAUCCGCGACAUCGUGCAGCAGCUGCUGACGUUGGCCGACCCUGUGGGCCUAAGUCGGCUGCCCUUCGCCCAGCCCGCGCUCGUGCCCACACCCAACUUAACAGAUGCCCUACCCAAUGCGGAGAACAUACAGAGGAUGUUGUUGAAGCAGAAUAUUAUGAAUCAGCAGCAGAACCUGACGGGUCCCAACCUGCUGGGGCUGCUGAACCAGCCGCAGUACCCGCAGCCCGAGCUCGCGCUGCACACCAACCUGCUCACCAAUGCGCAGCCCGCGUGCGGCGCGGCGGGCGCGCGGCUGCCGGCGCACUUCGCGCCGCAGAAGUACUACCAGCCAGUGCUGGCUUGCGCGGCCACAGCUAACGACUUCAUAGCUCAGCAACAAGCCCUGCAGGGGUCUGUGUGUCCGCUGGGCGCGCCGACGCUGGGCGGGGGUUUCGCGCUGGGACUGGGGCUGGGCGCGCCCAUGCUGCAGCACCAGCUCGCCGCACAUAACCUGGCGCUCAACCAAAACCUCAUGGGGCAGAAUCUUGGACAAAACUUAGGUCUAGCAACUCAAAACUUAGGCGUUGGCGGUCAGAAUCUCAUAGGCGGGCAGAAGUUCGGUGUGGGCGGGCCCGCGCUGUCGCUGGUGGGGGCGGGGCCGCUGCACCGCGCCGCGCACGCCCACCACGCGCACCACACGCUCGCGCGCAGGGCUGUAGACGUCGAUGGAGCCGGAAUGAUGAACGUGAACUCUACAGGGUCGUCGCAGCCGAGUACGCCCAACAAGAGCCAGUCGUACGAGUACAUGCUCUCGCUGCAGCAGAAACUCUCCUCUAUAUCGAACAGCGGACCGGUGUCGCCGCAGUCGCCGCUGGAGUACAGUCCUAUGCUGUCGCCCACGCAGCGCGCCAUGCACGCCAUGCCCACGCAUAAGCAGGCGGGCGAGGGCAGCGAGGCGGCGGGCAGCGAGGCGGGCGAGGCGGGCGGGGCGGGCGCGGCGGGCGGCGCGGGGGGCGCGGCGGCGCACGCCUCGCGACUGGCGCACCUCGACCACGAGCUCAGCAAGAUCAGCCUGCACUACAAACAUACACCCAAUAAGGACGUGUUUAUGGAGCACGGUGCAGAGGAACAUGAGAUUAUGUCAGACAACAUCAACGACGGCGCCGGCAGUGCCUACGAAGACGUGCGACGGGCUUACGUAGUAGGGGUUCAGAUAUGCGUGGUUGGACCCUAAGCACGCGCCUGUUGUAGAGGCGGGCGAGGAGUGGG